AUGGAUCGAGGCAAACGCAGAAUUCGGUGGGUAGUACACUCAGCACAGGGAGCAGCUGUGGACAAAGAAAGCCAUGUUUUUAAUGCCUAUUGUCUAGGACCCGUGGCCCGGAUCGGUCCCAAUAAUGUUAUCACCGACGAUCCUGAUACUACUCGCCAUAUCCUCGCUGCCAGAUCAGGAUAUGUUCGCGGGCCUUGGUUCGACUCUGUCCGUAUUGACCCCAAUAUUCCAAACAUUGUGUCGGAGCGCGACAUCAAAAAACACAGUAAAAUCCGCGCCAAACUGGCACCCAGCUUUACCGGCAGAUCCGUCGCUGCUAUGGAACCUAUAAUCGACGAGCUGGUGCUUGGAUGGUUAGAUUUGCUACGGAAGCGCUUUGCCCGUCCAGAUCAAGGAUUGUGUGAUAUCGGCAAGAGAAUCCAAUUUUUAACUGUGGAUAUAAUCACCAAAAUAUGCUUGGGCGAUGAGAUUGGAUGCGUCAAGAAUGAUUGUGAUAUGCACCGCCUCCUGGAGACAGUUGAAAUGGGCAACAAGGUUUGCCAGUACUUCUCGGUAUUCCUCGAGAUGAACACACUGUUCUUCCAGCUUGCUAGAAUCCCGGCUUUGGCGAAAAGGCUCUUUCCUAGGCCGUGUGACUCUACUGGCGUUGGUCGUAUUAUGGGGAUGAUUCACCAGGUAGUGGAAGCGCGCACCCCAGGAGAGAACAGGAGGAAUGACGUAGUCAGUUCUCUUUUAAACCAAGGAAUGAUCAAAGAUCAAAUUGAUUCCGAGCUUAUUAUCACACUCGUAGCUGGCUCCGACACAACCUCAACCUCGGUGCAGAGUAUUCUCUUGAGCAUUAUCACGAACCCACAAGUUUACGAUACGCUGCGCUCUGAGAUCCGCGGGGCGGUGGCAAGAGGACAGGUUUCCAGCCCAAUCCAAGACACCGAAGCAAAGCAGCUCGUAUACCUACAGGCCAGUGUCUUGGAGGGCCUGCGCAUAUUCCCUCCUCUGAGCCAGUUGCGUGAGCGUGUUGUCCCCCCUGGAGGCGACACACUUGGCGGCUAUUACUUGCCAGAAGGCACAUUUGUCGGGCUGAACACAUGGGGAGUUCAACGCAACAAAGCUGUCUAUGGGGAGGAUGCUGGUCUGUUUUGUCCGGAGCGUUGGCUGAUCGAUGACGCCGACAGGCUGCACGCGAUGCAUCAGACGCACUCGCUGAUCUUUGGACACGGGUCUACAAAAUGUCUAGGCAUGUCUAUGGCUAUGAUGGAACUCACAAAAGUUAUAUUUGAGGUAGGCAUGCCUUUGAUCUACUACUAUCUCUUUUUGUUUUGUUUACGCUGCUUAGGAAUUUCGACAUCACUGUCGCCAACCCUCAUAAACCAUGGGUUAGUCGGGGAUACGGCAUCUUUUUCCAAAAGGACUUUUACGUUUGCCUCCAUCCGGUCAACUAUAACCGUCCCCCUACGUAUGAGGAUGCUGUCAGAUCCAUGUAAAUUCGAGGACUGUCUUUUUCCUGAUGGCGUCAACUCCCAAGUAUCAAGUGAUAUCCUGCAAAUAGAAGUGCUAGCACAGUUAAAAUCGUACAUUUUGUUAACCCUACCCGCAUUCCCUGUCUUCCUGAUCAUGACGGCCCGAAGUGAGGGGGAGGUUUGGGUUUGCGUCAGGCAGCUUUAUGCACGCUUCAGCUCGGCCAGUAUCUGUGGUCCUCCGGUCACCACCAUGGUCGAUUUGACUCCUGAAGCACUGUCGCAGCUAUUGGACUAUCCAACUCAAGCCCCGCCGCCCGGUGUGACGCCUAACUUUAACAAUCCACAUUCUAUCGCCUACCAGGUGUAUAUCACCGCCGGUUUCUGCAUUAUAUUGAUGCUAGUGUUUUCACUGAUUAGAUUUAUGGCCAAAACACGUUCUUCCGCCAGAAAUAUUAAUCUUAGCGAUGAAAGUGUUACCAAAGGCGCGUUCGGCAAGCAUUCCUGGGAUAUCCGUAUGGGUGAUUAUACCAAGUCCCAGGUUGUGCUGGCUCUUCUCGUCGAGAUAACCCUGCCGCUAUCCAUUUGUGCCGUGAAAGUAUCGGUGCUGAUGCUCUAUCUGCACGUAUUUGGAAUAUUAAGCUGGAUGCGCAUUGCAUCAAUCGCCGGCAUCGUCUUUGUCGUGGCUUUCCAUCUUUCACUAUCGAUCUCAUUUGCUGCCAUGUGUGCGCCGCAGGCGUCUUCACGGCUUGACUUUCUUGCGGCUUUCAUCUCGAGCAAGUGUCGGCAUACAAACGUUCUUGUGGUCUUUCAAGGUGCUGGAAAUGUGGCCAUUGAUUUGUUUCUUCUUACCCUGCCACUGCCUGCUAUCUGGGGCAUGCAGAUGCCGCUGCGGCGCAAGCUUGCAACUUCGGCUAUGUUUUCAGUCGGCCUUUGUGCAUGCGCAUCGAGUAUCAUCGGACUUAUUUACAGAGUGCAGUUCUACAGAGCCGACUCAGACACCUCGUAUCUUGUUGUUCCGUUAUGGGCGACUUCCAUGGCCGAAGAGACAGCUGGAGUGAUUAUCUGUUGCAUGCCAUCCACAGCUAUAGUUUUCAAAUCCGUCAAGGGACCGGUGGCCUCCUGGCUAUCAUCAAAAUUCUCGCGUCUGACCGGCUCUUCUCCUUCCAGAGACUGCAGAGGAAGGGCGAAAACUAGAAGCCAGACCUACUCUUCCCUUGGCGAGCUUAGUUCUCCUAAUAUUUGGAUUGAUAGUGAGGCCGAUGCUCAUUCUCUGCAGCAGCUAAAACCAGGUAAUACCGGUGUCAUUAAGAAGAUGGAAUUCGCAGUUUCGCGGACGGUUCAACAAGAAUAUGGUAGACAAAGUCAUGUAUAA